GAGGAAAUUGAUAUACCUUUUGAAGAAGAAAUUCUACGUAAUCCAUUUACUUUAAAAUCCUGGUUUCGAUAUAUUGAUCAUAAAGCAGAGCAACCUAUCCAGCAAAGAAUUUUCGUAUAUGAACGUGCCUUAAAAGAGUUACCAGGCUCUUAUAAAUUGUGGAAACAAUAUUUAGAUCUUCGAAGAGAACAAGUCCAAGAUUUAAAUCCGGUUAGAUAUGAAAAAGAAUAUUUGAAGGUUAAUAAUUGUUUUGAGAGAGCAUUGGUAUUACUACAUAAG